GAAGCUGGACUGGGUUUAUCUGUCCUGAGCUCUCAGAAAUAUCACAGACAAAAAGAAAGACAAAACUAAAAACGAGAUCAACACGGGUUAAUUCGUGAAUACACUGCCACUGAGGGUCAGCGACAGAACUUGCACCGGGAGUCGAUCUGCGGUGGAUAUUCUGGCGUUGGACCUGAACAGAGGCGAGGGGAUGGUGAGUUUCGGAGGGCGCAUCGCCCGGCGUGUCUGACUGCGCGGAGCGGAGCGGCUGCGUUGCCCGGCCAGCAUCACGGAUCGCUGACAUCUGAGAGGAGUCGCGGAUCCAGGCACAGGAGGCCUUGAGGACUGGGGCAGUGCUGAUUUUCUGGAAGAGCCCCGUACCCCCUUCGGUCUGCACCCUUCAGGAGGUGAUCUCCGGGAGUGAGCGCGGUGUCAGGACGUCAGAGGUCAGGAGGAUGCGUGCCGGGCUGUGAGCCUCAGGGCGGAUUUGGGGCAACCAUGCUGCCGGGGGUGGGGGUGUUUGGGACGGGGAGCACGGCCCGGGUGCUGGUUCCGCUGCUGCGAAGCGAGGGAUUCGUGGUGCAGGCGGUUUGGGGGCGCACGGAUGAGGAGGCGCGGACGCUGUCACAGGAGCUGGGGAUCCCCUUCUACACCAGCCACACUGACGAUGUGCUGCUGCACCCCGACGUCGACCUCGUCUGCAUCAACAUCCCCCCUCCCCUCACCCGCCAGAUCGCUGUCAAAGCCCUCGGUAUCGGUAAGAACGUGAUCUGCGAGAAGGCCGCCACGUCGGCGGACGCCUUCAAGAUGGUGACGGCGUCGCGGUACUACCCGCAGCUGAUGAGCCUGAUGGGCAGCGUGCUGCGUUUCCUGCCGGUGUUCGUACGCAUGAAGCGGCUGCUGGAGGAGGGCUUCGUGGGCGAGGUGCAGGUGUGCGACGCGCGCGUGUACUGGGGCAGCCUGCUCAGCGACACCUACAGCUGGAUCUGCGACGAGCUGAUGGGCGGCGGCGGCCUGCACACCAUGGGCUCCUACAUCGUGGACCUGCUGAGUCACCUGACCGGCCGGCGCGCCCACCGCGUGCACGGCCUGCUGCGCACCUUCGUGCGGCAGAACGGCGCCAUCCGUGGGAUCCGCCGCGUCACCAGCGACGACUUCUGCUUCUUCCAGAUGCUGAUGGGCGGGGCCGGGGGCGGGGCCGGAGGCGCAGGGGGCGUGUGCUGCACCGUCACUCUGAACUUCAACAUGCCGGGCGCCUUUGUGCACGAGGUGAUGGUGGUGGGGUCAGCGGGGAGGCUGGUCGCCCGGGGAACGGACCUGUACGGGCAGAGGAACGGGGCGUGCCAGGAGGAGCUGCUGCUGGCUGACGCCCAGGGGCAGGGCGUGGUGGGGGCGGGGCCGCUGGAGAAAGGGAUGCGGGACAUCCCCUUGCCCUACCUGAAGGGCAUGGCCUGCAUGGUGCAGGCACUACGUGUGUCCUUCCUGGGCCAGGAGGACCGGCGCACCUGGGACCCCAAGCCCAUGGCCAUGGCCGCCACCUUCGAGGACGGGCUGUACGUGCAGACCGUGGUGGACGCCAUCAAGAAGUCGAGCCGCACGGGGGAGUGGGAGCGUGUGGAGGUGAUGACCGAGGAGCCCGACGCCAACCACAACCUGUGUGAGGCGCUGCAGAGGAACAACCCCUGAGUGGCGGGACACACACACGCACACACACCCAU